AGUGUGUUUUUUGCAUCCACAAAAUUCAGUUAUCAAUUUGACAUCCUCUCCGGAGCAUCCAAAACCAAAUCUCAAACCUCAAAAUGAAGACCAUCAUUGUUCUUGUUGCCGUUGUUGCCCUGGCCCUUGCUGCCCCUCUGGAUGACUCCAAGGAUGCUCAGAUCCUGAAGUACGAGAACGACAACAUCGGCGUUGAUGGAUACAAAUUCGCCUUCGAAACCAGCGACGGACAGGCCCGCCAGGAACAGGCUGAGCUGAAGAAGUUGGGUGAUGAUGUUGAGGCACUGGUUGUCCGAGGAUCGUUCUCUUUCACCGGCGCUGACGGACAGGUCUACACCGUGAACUAUGUUGCCGAUGAGAACGGAUUCCAGCCAGAAGCCGCCCAUUUGCCAAAGGCCUAAGUUGGCAAUCAACAAUACCACAACCAGAGCAGCUCAAAUCAUAGAAGGAAGUCGCACACAACACCAAUUACACCAACACUUCGAAUGAUGCUACACGAUAACAACUGAGAAUACUCCGACAUAUCUAAGUCCAUGCUUGUAAAGUGUACAGUUUUAUAGUUUCUUUCGUUUUGUAUUAUUUUCUUGUACAGCGUAUUAUUCUUAUAAUUUUAAAGUUUCUUUUUGGAAAUGCAAACAUGAGUUUUGAACACAUUUGAGUUACCUGAGAAUGAUGACACUUCUACGAUAGAAGUGUUGCAUUCUAAGCUAUUACAACAACUGCACCAAUAGCUGAACUGCAACGAGAACUUUGUACGAACACCAACUGCCAUAUCGUUUUUAUUAUUUUGAACAAUAAAAAUUAGCCUAAGCCAAACGUGAACACAUAA